AUUCAAUUCGCUCUGCGGAUAGAAUUGUGUGUGAAAAAAAUCGAAAUUUCCCGCAGGAAUUCUCAUCCGGUUUGAUCCUCCAGUUACGCUGUGGCUAGACGCGUGCGGUGUAGAUUGUGGUGUGUGCGUUAGUUACGCGAUUUGCAAUCAUGAUGAAUUUUGCACUGUCCAGCGGACACUUCGAUAUCGAUGCACUAGAACGAGCCAUCCAGCAACAGGUUCCGCAGUAUUUUCAGACACUGGCCGAAGAGAACCAGCUCAAUCCGUUCGAUCUGGUACCGCUGGACGGUAUAACGUUGACCGACCAGGAUACGGUCAGCAGUGGGAUGGUGCUGUCCUCGGGCGCAAUCACGCCGGGACUCGAAGAAAGUGAACAGUUUCUGUAUGGCCAGAAUCACCUGCAGUCCGACGAGCAACAAAGUAGUGGCAGCGAAGGCAACUCAUUCUGCGACAUCAAUGAUAAUAGUAUUCUGGUUGAAUUUGAAAAGAUUGAUGAUGAACUGGAGGACGGAGGAUGUAAUAAAGAAAACAAUACUCUAUACGAAGACGGAGAGCCAUCGCAUGCCACAAUCACAAUCGAGGGUCCGGACAAUCAGAUCUUGGCUCGGUAUCGGUGCAACUAUGGCAGCUGCAAUCGAAGCUACAGUACGGUGGGAAAUUUGAGAACGCACAUGAAAACACAUCGUGGCGAAUACAAGUUCAAAUGUACUGAAGAGGGUUGCUCGAAAGCCUUCCUGACUUCCUACAGCCAGAAGAUUCACAUACGGGUGCACACAAAGGUGAAACCGUACAUCUGCAGCGACAGCAGUUGCCGGAAGGCGUUCAACACCCGGUACCGGUUACGGGCACACGAGCGGCUCCACAACGGCGAAACAUUCAACUGCGUCGUUUGUGAGAAGGUGUUCACCACGUUGAGCGAUCUGAAGAAACAUUCGCGCGUCCACACCCAGGAGCGGCCGUACAAGUGCAAAGAGGACAGCUGUGGUAAGGCAUUUACAGCAUCACAUCAUCUGAAAACGCAUAUCCGUACGCAUUCUGGCGAGCGUCCGUUCGCAUGCAAAAUAUCGGACUGUAAUAAAUCCUUCAGCACGCCACACAGCCUGAAAACGCAUUCGAAAACGCACGAGCGACCGAAGAAAAAGUUUUCCAAGAACAAGCUGAAAAAGGCUCGUCCCAUAUCGUCGUCACAGGAGCAACAACCGAUGAGUACCAACGAAGUGGAACCGACGGCGGAUGUGGUACUCUGUCAGGCGAUUGAAACGGCCGCAAGUAAUGGGCAACUUUUCGCAAGUGUCGAUGCAGCGAACGAUGACCAGAUGGGAAUGAUAUCGGCCGCUUCGAUCGAACAGCCCACCGCACCACCGCAGGAAACGUACAGUUUCGUGCAUGUGAACGAUUUUCACGAAUCGAAAGCUCUCGAGCUGGCGCUCGCUACCGAGGAAGAGCUCAAUCCACAGUGGAUCGACAUAUCGAUGCUACAGACCAAACCGCUGGCCGCACUGAAUCCGGUAACGUCCGCCUGUCUCGCCCUGCCCACAAGUGUCCCUUCGUACGUAGAUCUAGCGUUUAACGUGAACGUGGCCGAUUUUCUCCCAUCCACUGACGCGCCGCAAAGCGGUGAACCGUCGACGUCGGCGUCGGCUUCGUCAUCGGCUGGGACGAUCCUAGCCGGGGAUAUGGUUGUGGCAUCGGAAGAUGGCACUCAAGUGUUCGCCACGAUUGACAACUAUUUUGAUGAUAAUUUACUUGAAAGUGCGAACGCCACCGUGCAGAUCGAUCGUGCGAUACAGAAAAACAGCGAACAGCGUGGUGGUAGUGGCGUGAAGCAGGAAGAGCAAGAAGAAACCGAUAAGCUGAUCAACGAGCUGUUUGCCGACGAGUUUCUACCGAAGCUGGAACCGCCUCCACCGGUGACAACGGGUGACUUCAGGCAAACGGCGGUGGAUGGAGCGCUGCAGGUGUUGCAGGCGCCUGUUACGGUGACGAAAACACUCAAGGACAUUACGGCCGAUGCGGAUAUUUGCCGUUGCGUCAACUGUCAGUGCGAUCCGCUGCAAGGUUGCAUAGGAGGCUGUGGUCCUGAAAACCCCUGCCGCUCCACGGUUUCACAGUAUGCAGGAAAUGAAACACUCUUACCUCCCGCGGCGGAAUCGUCCCAUCGGCUAAUGCAACCGACACAACAACUAGCCACAAACAUUCAACUGAUCUCCGAACCGUCCGGCGAAACAACGUGCGCUCCUAGCGUAGAUUUGGUUGUACAAAAGCAACCGCAGCCUACUCAGCUACCAGAACCGGCGAAACGUCCAUCAACGACAUCUUCCUGUUGCAGACAGCAGGCGACACCGAGCACGGAAACCGAAUCGAAUGGUGUGGCGUCCAAGUUGACCGAUCAGCUGGAACCGCUGACAAAUAUGUUGAAAAGUUUGCAACACUGCUCCUGUGCCGGACCGGGCGACGGACACUCCAAGAGCUGCUGCGUCGUGAUUUGUCUGAAAACGCUCGAAACGCUCAAGAAGGUCCUUAGCACGCACUCUAGUCUUAUCCAGUGCCACAGCAGUAGCAGUAGUAGUGCCAUCACCAACUAGGAGUAACAUUGCCACCUGCAAAAUGAGGGGGGGACCAGCAUAGCGAGUUUCAUUUAUUUGUUUGUUGUAGGUUUCUUUUCAGCGGUGCAGUACAAACAAACAACGAGCAAUAAGCCAUAUUAGUCUAUUGUUGGUUGAAAACGUUGCGAAAGGAGAAAUAGAGCCGAAAUGGCCAAUAGGCUGAUACGAUAGUGCUUUAAUCUUCACUCCUCUUAAAAACACCAAACAAAGUACCACACAUUAAUACGUACGCGUUUAAGGGGAUAAAGCGUUAUGAUGAUUUGUUGCAACCACGUGGUUGCACGCCCCAGCAUUGUUGUGUUUACAUUUGAUAUCUAGUAGUAUAAGUUGCGCUGUUUUAUUGGCAAUUGUAUCGAUCCAAUCGAUCUUCUCGCGUUUUUGUUAAACUCUUUUAAUCUUUUAUACAUAGUGAUAUAAGAGUAAAACAAAUACAAACUCAGUUCUAUUGUAUAGUAAAGCUUCGAAGAUUUCGCAUUUUGAGUAAGAAAAUGUAGGAACACAGGUGCUUGUUCGCUUCGAGGCGAGGAAUAUAACCGUGAAUGAUAAAGCGGGUGCAAUGCAACAAAAGGUUCCCCAAACACGCUCUUAAAACGCUAAAAAGCUACGUUAGUAUUUUCUUAUUCCUACUACUAUCUACAGAUUCUUACGACGUACCUUUCUACACUACUGUUACUAGUUUAGCUUUACCCGCAUCUGUUACUGUACCACGCGCCUCGUGCCGUUCGUUUGUUCCUCUGCCCCGUACUAAAUGCAUGCAUUUUGCUGGAUGACCGCAGAAGAUAAGCCGCCAUGCCGUGCUUGCUAAAGUUCAAAGAGUGAUGGCAAUUUGAAUGCUUAAGCUUUAAUCAAACCGUACAAUUUUGGAGAAAUGAAUACAAUACCCACUAUCCUAACGCUUCAAUGCGUUGACAAAGGUAGAGGAUCGGCUGAUCGGUAGUGAAGGAUUUUGCUACGACAAUGAUACCCGCUACAACGGAUAUCAAUAGCAAUUACAAUGAUAAUAAUAAUAAUAAUAAUAGUAAUCAUAGAGGAUAUUGAUUUGAGGAAAACAUUUUGAUGUAAUGAUUUAAAUUAGAAAUGAUUGAAAUGAUUUUAUUUCCGUAAGAUAAGAAACAAUGUGGGGAGGAAAGGGAGAAAGGAAAAAAAAGAUAGAAACCAACUUGCAACCAUAAAAAAAUAUAAAAUUGUACGCUUAUUGCCUAGUCAUAUUGCUUACAGGAUUGGAUUGUGCCUGUUUUUGGCUGUGGACGGGGUAUUAAAACUAAACUAACUGACUGAGUAAUAAGUCAUGUCCACUACGGCAGAGCUAACGGCAAUCGGGCAGAACCUAUAAUCAUCACAAUACCAAAGCGAAUGCCAAGCAGGGGAAUACAAAAUAUCUAAGAGAGGAACAAAUUCUAUCUGAUCUUGGUUUGUGUGCAAUAUGCGUUUUAGUUUUUGUUAAAAAUUUUAACUAUAAGAAUGAAAUACGGACUCAUUAAAGUGGAUCGAUAGAAAAAUA